AAAAUGGAUGAGUGGGCAGUUGCUCUCAUUCUGAUCGGAGUUAGCGUCAUGGUCACAGCCGGACUCAUUGGUAUGUGCCGGAUGCUCGGCGGCUGGACUUAUCUCUUCGCUUGGGUAACGGGAAAUAAAGAAGAGAGAGCGCAGCUGGCUACACACGAAGAACUUGGAUGCAACGGCUACGUUGCAUAUCCUCCAUCGCUUUAUCAACCCCAAGAUCGCUCCAGGCCGCCUCUCAUUCCUCAACAAAGUUUAUCUGAAAAUUUCAAGUCCGUCGAAGUCCAAGGAGUUCCGACGCACGAUGUUCCCGCCAUUCCUCCACCCCCAGCCACCGAUCAUCCCUCUCGUAGAUUCUCUCUGGACAUCGUUAGGCGGUCCAGCGUUGAUACGGACCUGCCAGAUAUCUUAUCAGUCGAAGGAGGUUCCAGUGGAAAGCUCCAGCGAGCCAUGUCCUGUGACAGCGUCUGCUCCGACACUUCGGUUGUACUGGACACCCUGGAGUCCCCUCAACACAAUGGAGAACUCGAUAUCACAUUAGAAUAUUCUAGCAAAACUGAAGAGCUUAUCGUCACAGUUUUGAAGGCCCGAGGUCUGACGGCUUUCGACUCUUCGACAGCAAAAGUGGAUAGUUAUAUACGUGUGUCUUUAUUGCCAGACGAGUCCACAAUCAUGCAGACGGCGGUCCAACGUAAUAAUAAAGAUCCAGAGUAUAAAGAGCGCUUCUUAUUCAGUGCCCCUAAAAGUACACUAAAAGAACGCAUAUUAAAGUGUAUAGCUUAUACUUGUGAUAAAUACAGCAACACUAUUUUGGGACAAGCUGAAGUCAAACUUUCUGAAGUUGAUCUAAACCAGCCAUAUAGUGUCUGUUUACCUUUGUUGGAUACUCAAAGAAAGCCCGUGGGAUGUGGAGAGCUGCUAUUUUCUCUAAGCUACCUCCCUACUGCCGAACGAUUAACUGUCGUCUUGGUAAAAGCCAGAAAUCUUGUAUGGACAGAUGGCAAAGAGUCAGCUGAUCCUUUCGUAAAAAUAUACUUGCUUCAAAAAGGGAAGAAAAUCAGCAAGAAGAAAACUUCUGUCAAGAAAGGAGAUCCCAACCCUGUGUUUAAUGAAGCUAUGAUCUUCUCUGUACCUGCAGCUGCUCUUCAGAAUAUACAGUUGCGCCUUACUUUAGCUGAAUACCAAGCUGAAGGAAAGACACCAGCUGUAGGUCACAUUUUUGUUGGACCACAUUGCUCAGGCAAACAACUGUCUCAUUGGAACCAAAUGAUUUCUGCGCCUAGGAAACCUAUUGCUAUGUGGCAUCCGUUAAAGAAGAGAGAUGGGUAAUCAGUCAGAUACUUCUUUAUGUUCUUCUAUCUUGUGUUGGUGGCAUUGAGUGUUACGAAUCACAGAUCUAUAGCCUGAAAAAGGGCCUGUUCAGUGUUCAUCUGUUGCAGUAGCAUUCAUCUUCUUCGAAUGAACAUAAAUAUAGGAUUUUCUAUUAGUGAAAAAAAAUAGCUUCUAUUUUUUUAAACCUCGGUUCCCAUAAAUAAAGUUCAAGAAGAACAAACUUUUGGAAAUUAUUAUUUAAUGCCUGUUCUAUACGCAUUAAAAGAAUACAGGGCAGUAAAAUAGUUUAAAAGUAUUCUUUAAAUGAAUCGAAUAUUGAUAAUUAAUAAUGUGAUCAAUAAAAAUGAAAAUUAUUUUAUAGCAUUUGAUUAAUUUUAUU